AAAUCAGAGAUUCGCUUUUGUGUACGCGACGCCACGACCUCGACAUAUCCAUCUCUCCCUUUCCUUUCCUUCUCUUUCCCUCGGAGAUAAAAAAAACCUCUAAAUUCUCAGACUUUCAUCUUCAUUUUUAAACAAUCUAGAAACAGUAUUGUUGGUUUCUUUAUAAAUAAUUUGGUUUCGUAUUUUUUAUCUUUGGUCUGCAAGAUUAUUCUGUUUUCUGAUUCUACUUAGAUCCCAUAUACCCCAAAAUUUCCUCUUGUUCGGUUCUAUCUAUGCUUGUUGGGACAACAACAAGAACAUCCUCCUCUCCUCUCCUUAUAAUCACAUUCACAAUUCGACAUCCCAUCUCUCCCUCUCUCUCUCUCUCUCUGAUUGAACCCAGAAGCAAGAAAAGGACAUAACAAUCCAGAAAUGCUAAUAGAGUCUACAGAGGAAAUGCAGGGUUCAAAGAUGAGUUUGUAUGUGAAAGCCUUGGAGGAAGAGAGGCAAAAGAUUCAAGUUUUCCAAAGAGAGCUGCCUCUCUGCUUGGAGCUUGUCACUCAAGCUAUUGAGAGGUGUAAGCAGGAGCUGUCGGAUAAUAGCAUAGAGUACAGGCAUGGGCAAUCCGAGUGUUCGGAGCAGACUUCAAGUGAGGGACAUGUGUUUGAGGAGUUUAUACCAUUGAAAAGGAGUUCAUGCUCUGAUAGUGAUAAUGAUGAGGAGCUAGAAGAGUCUGAUCAUCAGCAGAUUAAGAUUGAUGACAAGGAUAAGAGUAACAGUGGUGACAAGAAGAAAUCAGACUGGCUUAGAUCUGUUCAGCUUUGGAAUACGACCCCAGAUUUACCCCGGAAAGAGGAAUUGCCUAGAAAGGCUUUAGUGGUGGAGGUUAAGAGAAAUGGGGGUGCUUUUCAGCCUUUCCAAAGGGAGAAAGGCAUUGGGAAGACUAAUGGGGCAGUGGCGAAGUCGCCUGCUUCCGCUCCGGCCACUAGCUCAACUGCUGACACCGUCAGCGGUGGCAGCGGCGGUGGAAACAGCAAGAAGGAAGAUAAGGAGGGGCAGAGGAAACAGAGGCGGAACUGGUCGCCGGAGUUGCAUCGCCGGUUCUUGCAUGCCCUUCAGCAGCUUGGUGGCUCGCAUACUGCUACACCUAAGCAAAUUAGAGAGCUAAUGAAGGUUGAUGGGCUUACUAAUGAUGAAGUCAAAAGCCAUUUACAGAAAUAUCGUCUACACACUCGAAGGCCAACUCCAACAAUCCAUAACAACAACAACAACAACAACAGCAACGCACAAGCUCCACAAUUUGUGGUUGUGGGAGGCAUUUGGGUGCCACCCCAAGACUACAAUGCAGCAGUCGCAGCUGCAAACACAGCUUCAGGCGAAGCAGCCAGGGUUGUUGCUGCAGCCAAUGGAAUAUAUGCACCAGUGGCUUCAACACCUUCUACUGUCACACAGGUGUCACCAUCAGCAAUGCAUAGACCGCGACCAAAGAAACCAGAGCCCUCUUCUCAUUCGGAAGAAAGAGCCAGCCAUAGCGGUGAAGGUCGCGGUCACUCCAACUCCACGGCUACAUCACCCUCCUCCACUCACACCCCUGCCUCCCCUCCUGUGUGUUAAAAGUUUUUAGUAUGAGAAAAUGAUGUAAAAUUUUGUAACCAGCCUUAUAGAAAUUUAAGUCGUUUUAAUCAGUUUCUGACUUUUCAUCCA